GACCAAAGGAACCCUCCCCCAAGGGCCAUCUGUGGAGCUUCAAGACUCUUCAGGGUCCCAGGAUAAACCCCGGGAAGCAGGACCUGCGGUGGGACAGCAGCUCUUGGAGAGCCAGAAUGGAAUUGGGAUCCCAAAGCCAAGUGAUGGUGUUGCUGGUGGGAUUUCCUCCCCCUCUGGAGAUCCUGGGAAUUUGGAGAUGGAUGAAGAGAAGGAGCUGGAUCCCCCUGUCCCACAAAAGGAAUGGGAUUCCCAAGUCCUGAAAAGCAAAAAAGGACGAGAGAAGAAACAAGAAGAAAAGAAAGAGCAGGAAAAGGGAUCGAAGAGGAAAAGAGGGAGGAAGAAGGAUAAAUUUGGGAAUGGGAUGGAGGGAAUUGAGGAGGAGGAGGAAAGUGAUGGGGGCAGGAAUUGGGAAGGGGAACAGGGAAGAGCCGAAAGAGGGAAAAGCAACGGAUUUCAGGGACAGGGGGAUGGGAGAGAAAACCAGGAGAUGGGAAAAGUGAAGAAACACAAGAGGGGGAAAGUUGAGGGGGCGGAAAAGGUGGGAAAAAAGGGAAUAAAGAAGGAAAAAGUGUUGGAAGAGGAAAAGGAGCAAGAGGUGGAAAAGAUGGAGGAGGAGGAGGAAAGAGAGGAAGGAGCGGGAGGUGAAAUGGAGGGAAAAGAUGAGGUGGGAAAGGGAAGUGGGGAUGGAAAAGGAGUAAAGGAGGAGGAAAAGUUGGGAGAGACACAGAGCACGGGGAUGGAGCAGGAAAAGGAGGAGGAGGAAGGGAAGGGAGAUGGGCCAGAGAAAGAGAAAAAGAAGAAAAGCAGGAAGAAAAAGCUGGAAGGGGAAGAGCAAGAGAAGGAGGAGAAGAAGAGGGAAGAGGAGGAGACUCCAGGGAAAAGCAGGAAAAGGAAAUCCAAGGAAGGAGGAGGAGAAAAGAACAACAAAAAGGCGCGGAAAGAGGAGGGAAAAGAGGUGGAAAACAAGUGGAAAUGGUGGGAAGAGGAAAAGAAGGAAGAUGGAGUCAAGUGGACGCAGUUGGAGCACAGGGGCCCCUACUUUGCCCCCCUUUACGAGCCCCUUCCCGAAGACGUUCGCUUUUAUUACGCCGGAAAACCCCUGAAGCUGAGCUUGGCCACGGAGGAAAUCGCCACAUUUUAUGCCAAAAUGCUCGACCACGAAUACACGACCAAGGAGAUCUUCCAGAACAACUUCUUCCACGACUGGAGGAAGAAGCUGAAGGAGGAGGCAGACAAGAUCCAGGAGGAAUAUGGCUACUGCAUCCUGGAUGGGCACCGCGAGAAGAUCGGCAACUUCAAAACGGAGCCACCGGGGCUGUUCCGUGGCCGUGGCGACCACCCCAAAAUGGGGAUGCUGAAGAAGAGGAUCAUGCCAGAAGAUGUGGUCAUCAACUGCAGCAGGGAUUCCAAGAUUCCCGAGCCCCCAGAAGGUCACAAGUGGAAGGAGGUUCGCUUUGACAACACGGUGACCUGGUUGGCCUCGUGGACAGAGAACAUCCAGAACACCCUGAAGUACAUCAUGCUGAACCCCAGCUCCAAGCUGAAGGGGGAAAAGGACUGGCAGAAGUAUGAGGUUGCUCGGCGCUUGAAGGACGUCGUCCAUGAAAUCCGGGCUCGGUACCGAGCGGAUUGGAAAUCCAAGGAGAUGAAGAACAGGCAAAGAGCAGUGGCCCUCUACUUCAUUGAUAAGCUGGCCCUGAGAGCCGGGAACGAGAAGGAGGAAGGGGAGACGGCGGACACAGUCGGCUGCUGCUCCCUUUCCUGCUGUGAGGUUUCCCUAGCCUUUGUCCUGUCUUCUUUCCCCCAGACAACCUUCCUGAACAAACAUCUCCAGCACCUGAUGGACGGUUUGACGGCCAAGGUGUUCAGGACCUACAACGCCUCCAUCACCCUGCAGGAGCAGCUCAAGGCCCUCACCAACUCUGAGGACAACGUUGCUGGGAAGCUCCUCUCCUACAACCGAGCCAACCGCGCUGUGGCCGUGCUGUGCAACCAUCAGAGGUCCGUGCCCAAAACCUUUGCCAAAUCCAUGGAAAUCCUGCAGACCAAGAUCGAUGCCAAGAAGAAACAGGUGGAGGAAGCCCAGCAAGAGCUGAAAAAAGCUGAAGAUGAAUUGGAAGACACAAAAGAUGCCAAAGCAGAAGCGAAUGUGGAGAAGAAGAAGAAGCUGCUGAAGAGGCUGGAGGAGCAGCUGGCCAGGCUGAAUGUCCAGGCCACAGAUAAGGAGGAGAACAAGCAGAUAGCUCUGGGCACUUCCAAGCUCAAUUACCUGGAUCCCAGGAUUAGCAUUGCUUGGUGCAAGAAGUUUGGGGUGCCCAUCGAGAAGAUCUACAACAAGACCCAGAGGGAGAAGUUCGCCUGGGCCAUCGCCAUGGCCAACGAGGACUUUGAGUUCUGAGCCUGCUUCCACCUUCAAUCCUUCAUCUGGUGCUGCUGGAAAGCUUCUUUUAUUUUUUCCCUGCUACUGCAGGGGGCUGAGGGGUUGUCCAGGAGAAGAAUCUGAUGCCUUUUUUGUAAAGACAGAAGAAAACCUCUGGUUUCUUUUCGAGCGGGUUUUGCUGAUUGUGACCCUUGCCCUGAGUGACUUUGAGGGAGCUCCUGAUUCAUCCUCGGAGCUGCCAAGUGCUUGGGAUUUUGUUUUUCUUUUUUUCCUUUGUGAAGAAGAUUAAA